AUGAUCUGGAAAUUCGCCUUGUCCGUGCUUCUGGUGGCAGCGCUGGUUCGAGUGACAGAGACGAGGAAGAACCGUCCGGCGGGCGCCAUUCCCUCCCCGUACAAAGACACUCCGUGUGAGCCAGCUGGUCUACCCCCUUCCCAUAAUGUUCAGCCAAGGCAGGGGAGCGUCGUCACCGAGAGGAAGUACCUCAAGAGCGACUGGUGCAAGACGCAGCCGCUGCGGCAGACGGUCAGCGAGGAGGGCUGCGUGAGCCGCACCGUCAUCAACCGCUUCUGCUACGGGCAGUGCAACUCCUUCUACAUACCGCGGCACGUGAAGAAGGAGGAGGAGUCCUUCCAGUCCUGCGCUUUCUGCAAGCCGCACAAGGUCACCUCUUCGACCGUGCAGCUGGAGUGCCCUGAGCUGGACCCGCCUUUCCGACUCAAGAAAAUUCAGAAGGUCAAGCAGUGCCGGUGCAUGUCUGUGAAUCUCAACAACUCGGGCAAACUGUGA